AUGGUAAAAACAUUGAAGAAAAAGUAUAAUUUGAACAUGUUAGGAUUGCUUGAAACAAAAAGGGAUGUUAUUUCAAAAUAUAAUGUUGCCAGGAUUUGGGGAAAUAGUACUGUAGGUUGGAAGUUUGUGGAAUCUCUUGGGGCGGCUGGGGGGCUUUUGUUGAUGUGGAAUGAAAUGAUGUUUCAGAAAAGUAAUUGUUAUAAAGAAGAGAGGUGGUUGUGCAUUGAGGGAGUGUUAACAAAGAAUAACUUUCAGUGUGCUAAUUGUUUGGUGUACAGGACGCAUGGGAGGGAGGACAAGUGGGUGGUGUGGGAGGAGUUGAGCUAUAUUGUAGGCUUGUGCCAGGUUUCUUUCUGUUUGUUGGGGGACUUCAAUGAGAUCUUGCAAGUGGAGGAUAGCAAAGGGGUGAUGAGUUUGUCGGUUUCAGCAGAAGAGUUUAAGACUUGGGUUCAAGACAUGCAGUUGGUGGAUCUCCCCCUUACUAAUAGGAAGUUCACAUGGUUCAGGAGUCAAUCUUGUAGCAGAAUUGAUAGGGUGUUGGUUAAUAUCGAAUGGGUGGAAAAGUUUCCUGACAUUAGGCUGAAAGGCGGUCCAAGGGGCUUUGUCAGAUCACUGCUCGUUGAUUCUGGAGGAUACAAGAGUAAGAGGGGGCCCUCGACCGUUCAGGAGUCUAGAUUCCUGGUUUACCCAUGA